AUGGCGUCGUCGUUGCAGCUGGAUCUCAGCAGCGAGGAGGUUUUGGCGCUCGUCGAGGCGGGCGUCAUUUCAGGCCAAACAAUCCACGACGCCUAUCGUGCAGAAGCAGCAUCGGCCGGAUGGCCUCGCAGCGACUUGCCUGAGAUUGACGUCUUGGAGUCUUUGGUGGCGAAGGGCGUCCUGACGAACGGGGGCGUCCUUGACUGGAUGCGGUCGGGCGUGGUGACGGCGCAGACAGGACCCGCUGGCGGGCGUUCGUCGAAGCCUCGCCGCCGCCCGACUGAUCCGAAGGACAAGGCGCCUUGGUACAUGCGCGGCUUGAAUGCCCCCAUCUUCGUGAAGACAGACCUCCAGCCGGAGCUGGCGUUGCUUUCGCGCCAGGGCAACUGCGUCGCGCACGGCAUCGGCCACGUGAUCGGCAAGGCGCUGGAUGCCGUAGCAUAUGCGAAGAUCUUCCCUGCCGCCGCUUCGCGUGGCCGCAAAUACGUGGACGUCGCCGCUGCGCUGGGCGUUGGUUUGCAGGAGGCGCCUGGGCGGGCUUGCGUCGUCGGCGCCUCUCGCAAGGUGAGCGACCUUUCUCUCCCUGGCGCCUACCUAUGUCAUCAGUCUGGCAAGAGAGUGGGGCAUUGCACGGGAGUUCGCGUACAUGAUCGCUACGUUACCAUUUGGGAGAAUAAGUACAAGUUUGAAACCACGUCCAAGGUAUCGGCGCCGCCAAACAUGUUGAUUUUCAAAGUCAUCAUCGCUGACAAGGGAGCGCAUGGCCAUUGCCUGGGCCGUCGUCUGCGCGGUCUCAGGGCCGGCACGUCUCGCGGGGGGGCUCCGCACUUAUCGCAGUAUUCCAAAAAUUUGGGGGCGGUCAUAGAGGACUCGGUGAUCCCUGAAACACAGGCUGCAGAAUUCGAGGUGCCAACGCAACCGGGCGACCCCCCGACGGUUGGCGCCGAGGACACGAUGGCGGCCGAGAUAUCUGAGGGAGCUCCUCGAGACGCCGCCAUGGUCGCGGCCUUGGCGAAGCGGAUGCGCAUCGCGGGGGCCGCCACUUCCCGGGAGACGUUCAAGUCGAUGUGGUCCGACGUGACGGAGAAGUCCUCGAAGCUCGCGAACUCGUCGGCCGCCGACCCGCCUCAGUUUUACGGAGUGGUGGCUGCUACGGAGAGGUUUGCCGAUAUCGUUAACAAAAACCACGAGGAGUGGAACGACGAUGUCAAAAGGCUUGGGAUGGCAGCUCUAAUGCUGUAUCGGAGCAGGCAAUCUGAUGUCAGCCUCCUUCAGCACGUCGUGCUUAUUUUUUACGAUCAUUCCCUUGGACAUUUCGAGGGCUUCGACGGUCUCAUGCCGCCGACCGUGCUAGCUGCCGCUGGCAAUGCCAUGCUGACCUUGGAAGGGUUGUUCAGGUCCUUCAAGGCGCCUGUCGCGCGCAAGGACGCGGACGUACUGAAUGCGAUCGGUUCGUCCAUCAAGGAGGCCUUGGCGCAGAACAACAACGACUUGCCGAGUGCAAUGUUGACUUUCCAUGACAACUGCAUGUUCAACAAAGGCAAUAACUUGUUGAAAGCAGGGGGCGCCGCGCCUGGCAGGCAGAGCGAACCGGGCGGCGACGGCGAGGAUGCAGAGGGCGCCUUUGCAGCCCCUGCACCGGACACGAGCAAUUCGGCUGACAGCUGGUUCGUGCUAACGGCUCAGACCAUAUCCAAAGUGUCAACUAAGCUUCAGUAUGAGUUGUUUGGAAACAAGUUGGUUCCUUAUUUCAUUGAGUGGUGUUCAACUGACAUGCAGCGGGUUCCAGGAUGCGCGUGCGCUGACUGCUGCGCGUUGCACGAUCGCAGCGCUUUCGAGAACGUUUGCUUGGUGUCGUCUCGUUCACCAGAGAACAACAUAUAUCUCGGCAUCCCGACACCUCUGCUGGACCCGGUGCUUGACGCCGCCAUGGAGCGCGUUCAGCGCGUGUAUGAGCAAACUUUUUGGUCUAUGCCCGAAUCGUUCGUCUUCGGCCAGGCAGCGCAGGCAUUGGCUAAGCGCGGUCAAAACAUCGAUCAAAUAACUGUGUAUUGGGGGCCGGGCGGCGUCGGCCUAUCCCUCUACACUUCGCACUUGCGCGCGAUGUACGGCGAUAGGAACCACAAGUUCUUUGAUCCGAAUAUAUUUUUCCAGGACGAGGAGAUGCGGAAGGUGGUGGAACUCUUGGUCGGCGGCUGCAUCUUCACCGGAUCAUCGGGUGGUAAGCGCAUGGAGGUAAACCAGUUCUUCACUUUCGACAACGUCAACGAGCACAACCUGGAGUCUAUUGUGCGCCGCAUCGCCAUCAUCAAGAUACAGUCGCGGUUCUUCGACAAGCUCUACGUUGAUAAGAUUAUUCUCACCGGCCCGAGCAGAUGCGGCAUCUUCGCGCGCGAUCCCGACGCCAAGGACUUCAUGAUUAGCGGGGCCGCAGUUGCGGCAGGCCAUAAGAUUCAGUACGCGUUCGAGGUGGAGAACGGGCCCGAGGCGUGCAGAGACAUUUUGGUGAACUACACGAAGUGCGGCGGUGACCAUGGAGUAGCCGAGAAAUACGUCAGGAUCGCUUGUCAUAUCAAGGCGGCCAACGCUGCGGAAUCAGCGGCGAGCGCUGUCGCCGAGGGCUUGGUUGACCCGCCGUCCCAGGACGGCCAUUUGCCGAGUUCGCCGAUAGUCCUUCUCAGCAACCAUUUGGUGAAGGAGCUGCAGCGGAAAGGAUUGAACUACUUGACUUACAGCGUGUUCCGAGCGUCUGCAACACCUCCCGGCGCUAGGCUGAAGGGUAACAAAGAAGAACAAUGGGAGUCGUUGAAAGGCAGCGACUUGUGGAUCGACGUCGGUUCCAAGGGCAAGGCGGAAGAUCGUCUGAUUCCGCGCGUCAAGACCCAGAGAGACGCUUCGAUUCUUUGUUCACGGCGGCCGCCAUGCUGCGAUGCGAUAUACCCGGAGCACUGCGACGCAUCGGCGCUGGAGGCGGCGCGGUGUACAUCCAGAUUGGCCAACGAGAAGACUUUGGCAGGCGCGUUUAACGCGCUCGCAUCGGCGAUUGCUCCUGCGCGGGGGCGGCUAGCGAAGGGCAUCCUCGAAAGGAUCGAGAGUUUGGAUGAGAGGGCACAGAAGAUUUUGUCAAUGACAGAGACGUCGCAGCGGCUGCUUGACCGGAGUAAGAGGUCGGCCGACCUCGAGGUUAACAGAAGGAAGUUGGCCUCGAAGCAGCCGAGCGUUGAGAAGUCUCCAACCCGCCAUACUGGAAGGAAAGAAACAGUCCCGCUUGACAGCUUCAAGAGCUACAGGCGCGCAGUGGAGUGGCCGUCUCGGCAGUGCGUCAACGAGGAGCUCUCGGCGCAGGCCAUGGACCAACGAUUACAGCACGUGGUUUUUUCGAGCACUUUCGAUUUGGAUUUCGUGAACUGCGUUUUUUGUUUAUUGGCGCAGAUCAUUGAAAAGCUGGGGAUCAUUGGCGCUCAGCUGUUCGCGGACGAGAUUGCUGCGCUACAGCGCGUUCGCGCAGAUCGAGAGGGCGUCUGCAGGCGGAGGGAGAGGGUCCAUGGGGCAGGUGCUUUGGCGAGCGAAGAAGCUUGGGCGAGCUUUCCUCUGGCUCCUGAUAGGGGCGUCUUCAAAAUGUUGCCGUUCAAGGGCAAGCAAGUCUUGAUCAAGCUGAUAUGCGGCGGCGCUUUGCCGAAGGAAUUGUCCGAGAACGAGUUCGCCAAGAUGCUGGUGAGAACAGCGCGUUUCCUGCGUUGGCUAGCCGUGGGGCUGUACCCGGAGCAGUUCAAGCUCCUAGAGUCCGCGCAGGACAAGUGGUCAGAGGCAUCGCUGGCCAGCUACAUGUGGCAAGGCGUUGAGGAUUAUUGUUUGGAGCAGUGGGUCGACUUUGUCAUGGAAGAGAAAGUCAGUCACGUAUCUUUGCAUUUCGACGGCCUGCGCGUCGACAAGGGGCGCGUCCUUUUGAGCCAGGCGGGCGGCGAUGCGCAGGCCACGGCAGUUUCGGACGCAGAGAAGGUCAAAUCCUUUUGCAAGAAAUCUGAGGAACGGAUUCUUGCCACUACGGGUUAUUCCGUAAGCACCAGGAACAAGGAGAGAUAUGAUUUUAUUGAUCUUCUCCGUGCGAGCGCAUUUGACGUUGAGCCUGCAGAUGCGCCGAGCGACGUCGAGGCGCUGUUCUCUGCCGGCAAUGGCAUCUUCUGCGCAAUGGCUGCGCUCGCGGGCAACUGGUCGGAUAUGUCGACGAAGGCCGCUGCCGCCGCAACGCCUCCCAGCGCAGCGGCGGCCUCGGCGGCCUCGUCGCCGCUGUUCUGGGCGCCGCCUCGGCGCUCGUAUCGGACAUGUGCGAGAGCGGCCAAUGUGAAGCUGUUGCCCGUGGAAGUGCCACAGGAAAGUUGUCCUGGGCUAUUCUUAGUGCACUGCGAGCCAGACGUUGCGCCGCUUUGCGUCGGCAUCGACGUGAAACAGCGUGGGCCGCGCAAGUGCUGCGUCGGCAGGGAGCGCUGGAGUCUGCCGGCCGGGGCGCUGGACGAGGCGGUGUUGGCGGCUCUCGAUCGGUGCAUGGUAGUGGCAUUUCAGAUGAAGCCCGCCGAUCGAGAUGACGAAGAUCAUCGAGAUAGUUCGUUGGAUGGCGCAUUGGAUUUAUUUGCGGUCGCCGGCAUCGAGGACAAUGUCGCCGCCGUCUGCCGCGCGCGCAGACGCCGCUCGCUCGCGGCGCGCGUCGCCGCAGGUAGCCCGAGCUCAGACCGCUCUCUGUCGCCGCCCUCGCCGGCCAGCCCAGCUGCGCAGCGGGGGGCGGCAGCUCUUCGCGAGCUCGGUUGUUCAAUUCGCGGCAUCGUGCCUUUUGACCGGCGACGUCUGACGUGGCACGGCAACUGCAUCCCGUUCGGCAUUGCGGCGCUCACUGGCGAUUGGGAUGGCGCCAUCGCAGCUGCGACUGUGGAUUCGGACGAGAACGCAGCAGCUAUGGCGAGCGGCCUUCGUCGAUAUAGUGACUGCGCCAAUCUCUUCGGCGUUUCAUUGCGGCCAGUGCCGACGACGGCGGUGGAGACACUUGGCCGAUUUCUUGUUCACGGAAAAGUUGCAGGCAGAGAACAUUGCGCAGUUGUCGAAGUAUUCGAGCACGGCGGCAGCAUCUUACACUCAGAAGGGUUAUCUUGGGACGUACCUCGAGGUUGUCUCGACGCUUGCUUGCGGAUUAUCUUCGACUUCGGCGUCGAGGCGGCGUUCGCUCUCGGCGGCGGGCAUUCGUCGACCCUUAGCGAUGACGUCGCUGCACGCGACGCCAUGGACAUGGUGGCCGGAGCCGGCGUCGAGGAGGAGGGGGCCGUUGACGUCGCGAACGCCGACGACGAGCACGCCGAGGAAUUGGAUGACGAUUCAUGCGUGCGCGUGCAUGCGAAUCUCUUGCAGCUUCUACGCGACGAGGUUACUGACUUCGAGAUGAUCGUGAAGUCGCUCUCUCGCACAGGCGCCACGAAGGACGGGAAUGGGAGCGUUGCAAGGUGCUUGCUUUGCCCAUUCAAAGAGUAUUCUACUUCGUCUGUAAACGUUAAGAGGGAUCUCCUUGCGCAUAUCGCGAAUCACCACGGCUUGCACAGAAAAUGCGAGAAUGGUAGAGAUCGUGAGAUGGGAUCAGGUCGGUACGUUGCUUCAGGCACUAAGCAGUGGAAAGUCAUCCAGGCGUUGUUUGACGACGACAUGUUAUCAAAGCAUCAACCGAAGAACUUGCUGCAGCGCAGUGCCGAUCUCAUGCGGCGGUCGGUGAGCCCGCCGUUGCGGUGUCUUGGUGUUGACAAGCAGAUUCGGCUGCUCCUUGACCACGACGGGCCCCGGUUUGUCAACUUCGAGGUUCUCGCGAGAGAUGGCGCGCUCCAAGCCAGGCGCGUGGGAAACACGUACUACACGAAGGAGUUCGCCGAGCUCGUCUUCCGCGAAUCCAUCUUGCACGAAGGUCGAGUGCGCCCGAUGAGGGCGAGGAUUGUGAGGCGCUUUAAGGAAGCUGGCAGUUGCGUCACGCACCUUCUACCAGGAAAGGUCGUUCAGUGGUUGUCGUUGAUGGAGGACGUAUUCCCGUCUCCGUUCGUAGAGGAAUUGCGAACCAAUCUCAUGGGCGAGUUGGUUGAUAAUACAGAGUUUGAGCACGUUUCGUUGGAUGCAACUCUGCGCACUGCCAUGCGCGUGAAAGGCCAGGCGAACUACAGGGAACCGGCAGAGAUUCGAGCGGCGGCGCCGUUCCCAGACGGCGCUGCCAAGAGGCGCAUUUUGACUGCCAAAGGUCGCGCGUCAGCCGCCAUUGGCAUGUGGCCCGUGGCCAGCGAAGCGGCAUCCGUCGUGAAGGCGGCGCAUCGAAAUCACUUGCCCGAGCGAGCUCUCCAGCAGCGCGUCUCAGUGGCAUCAGAUGAUCCGUCGGCGACAUUGUUUGCAGAGCUCAAGCAAAUCAUGCCUCAGCUCAAGUUUUUGUGCCUAGAUCCUGUUCAUCUCGCAAUUGUGUAUAAUCAGGCGCACUGGCGGAAACAUUCUCCGGGCCAGGCAGUUUUGCGAAUCAUUUUGAAUAAAUUCAAUAAAGUGAGCUCAGAUUUAAAUGGCGCCGCGUGGGGCGCCCCUUACACGGGCCACCAGGCUAGCUCGCUGUCUGCCGCCGAGGGCCGCGCGCAGUCGUUGAUAGCCGGCGGCGGCAUGCAGAAGCGCCGAGCGCACAAGAUCAUUGCAGAUCUCGACGCCAAUGAGCCAUUCGUGAGAAAACUUGAGUUCAUCGAGGCAUUGGCGGCAUUGACGUCCGUCUACUGGGAAGAAGUGGACAGGCGCACCCCCGCCGCGCCAAGCAAGAAGCUGGCUGAUGUAAUAGCGAAUGCCGCGCAGCACAGUCGAUGCGAGUAUCUUUUUAAUAAUUUGCGCAUGCGGCACUCGCUGCCGGCUCGCGCGCUGCCAUUGCUCGGUUCGGGCACGAGCCCAAACGAAGCGCUGCGUAGCGAGAUCAACAGGUGGUUUAAGAACCAGCCGGAGUUGUACGCGCAGACUUUAGAGCUCCAGCUCGGCGUCAACGUAAUCGGCAAGCAAAUGAUGCAUAAUUCAGCUAUGUGCGCCCCCACUCUGCGCCAGCUGUCUUCGCAAACUGUCGCAGCUAGCGUGGUCUGCUCGUUUGCGAUAUCCGCCGCCGAGUGGGCAAAUCAUUGCGCUUCUCAGGCGCAGGAGCAGAGGGCGCCGCGGAAAGCGCAGCUUCCGCUGGCGCUGCAGCGCAAAGCCGCUGAGCCCCUGGCGAACAAGUGGAAGGUGGAUCACAAGCGCAUGGUUGUUGCGCGCAAGCCAGCAGGGCAACAACAAUUCAUUCGCACCCUGAAGCGGCCGGGCGCAGCCAAGCAGCGCAAGCGCAUGCCCUUCUCUCUCUUGUUCGGAAGCGCAGCUAAGGCGGACGGCCCGCUGGUGCUGCAGGACGCCGCGGAGUGGCCCUCGCUGCCCUCGCUCCAGGCCAGCGCCUUGAGCUGGGAGCUGUUGUCCGACGGGGAGCUGCCCCGGCAGGUCAGCAGUGCGUCUUCGGUGUCCACUCUUCCAUCGUCGUGGACGGCACUGGCGGCACCAUCCGAGGCCGGCGAGUCUUCCGCGGACUCGUGGGUGGAGAUUCAGGUGAAGCCCCGCGGCCGACGGCCCGCAUCCGGGAGCUCGGCGCCCGAGGGCGAGCCCAACGAGGACGAGCGCAGGGGCUCCUACGCGGAGCUCGUGCGCCAGAGCGCCUCGGGCGCGGAGGCGCAGAGGCCGCCGGAGGGCGGCUUCCGCCGCCGCCCGCCGCCCCCGACGCGCCGCCGGCACAACAAGCUGCAGGGGGUGCUCCACGAGGAGACGGCGCCAAGCGGGCACGUCGGGGCGGCGGACUCGGACGACGACGACGACGGCUUCUCCUUCGGGGACUGCCGCACGCGCGGCUGGAACAAAGGCCAGAAGGCUUCUCACAGUGUGAAGAGCAAGCUGAAGGUACAGUGCGCGACAGAGAAGAGGGCCGUUCAGGCCGCAGCUAGCAGAGGAAGUACAUUGUGA